GGGGAGCUAGAGCCAGUGAGAGCGUCCAGCCCACUUCUACAAAACCAUUCAACUCCUGCACAGUGAGCAGUCCCAGACCUCUUGCGAGCACACUGCUUCCCUGGGGCACAUCCAGAAGUCGACGGCUGAUCCUAUACAAACUUCCCAAGGACCUGGAGAGGGAGAAAGCCACUGACAGAUCUAUUCCGACCAGCAUCUCUUCUCACAACUUACCAGCAAGGAUUACAUUUUUCCUCACUCUAGUAGUUUAGCUCUUACUUUUUUGCUCCUCUCAAAUUUUGGUCAGAUUGAGCUCAUCCACAGGCAGACAGGACAGUCCUUGUCUUACUUUGAAAGGAACUUUUAAAGUAAGUUGUUCAUUUUGCAACCCGGUACAAACACCCUCCAGCUCUCUUCAGCAACUGACACUUUUCAUUUAAGGAUGUCCCCUGUUCUGAGCGGGAUCUUCCUGCUGCUCAUCCAGACCUGCUCCCUCAGUGCCAUGGUCACCAAAGGGAGCCUGGCAACAUCCGAACAGGCAGCCACAGACUGUCCCUCCUGUGCCCUGGCGCGGCUUCGAAAAGGAGAGGGUGAGGACGAGGGAGCCCAGCAAGACGUGGUUGAGGCGGUGAAGAGACACAUACUUAACAUGCUGCACCUGCAAGAGCGCCCCAACAUCACACACCCGGUGCCUCGAGCUGCGCUCCUCAAUGCCAUUCGCAAGGUACACGUGGGACGGGUGGCCAAGGACGGCAGUGUCCUGAUUGAGGACGAGGCCAGCAGCCGUCAGGACACCGAACAGGCAGAACAGACAGAGAUCAUUACGUUUGCUGAAGCCGGUCAAGCUCCAGGGUUUGUCAACUUUCUCAUCUCCAAGGAAGGCGGUGAAAUGUCUCUAGUGGAGCAAGCCAACGUCUGGCUCUUUCUUCGACUGCCAAAGGGCAACCGCACCCGAGCUAACGUCACCAUCCGACUGCUCCUGCAGCAAAGUACGGGGGAAAAGGUUCUGGCAGAAAAAUCCGUGGACACGCGACGCAGUGGCUGGCAUACAUUUCCCGUUUCGGCCAGCGUGCAGGCGUUGUUGCAGCAUGGGGGAAGCACGCUGAGUCUGCGUGUCUCCUGCCCAUUGUGUGCUGAUGCUCGAGCUACGCCGGUGCUCGUGACUCCAAGGGGCGGCGAGCGUGAGCAAUCCCACCGGCCAUUCCUCAUGGCCGUGGUGCGACAGAUGGACGAUCUGUCCCAAAGGAGACGUAGCAAAAGAGGCCUGGAGUGCGACGGCAAGGUACGCGUCUGCUGCAAACGCCAAUUUUAUGUAAACUUCAAAGACAUUGGCUGGAACGACUGGAUCAUUGCUCCCUCGGGGUAUCACGCCAACUACUGCGAGGGCGACUGUCCCAGCCAUGUGGCCAGCAUCACCGGAAACUCGCUGUCCUUCCACUCCACGGUCAUCAACCACUACCGCAUGCGAGGGUACAGUCCCUUCACCAACAUCAAGUCCUGUUGCGUGCCGACUCGUCUGCGGGCCAUGUCCAUGCUCUACUACAACGAGGAGCAGAAAAUCGUCAAAAAGGACAUCCAGAACAUGAUUGUAGAAGAAUGCGGCUGCUCGUAAUUCCGCUUCAGGAAGAGGAAGGGUAGGAAGGGAGAGACAAGGUUGGGUGGUAGGGGCGAAAACUGCAGCCCCAAAACGAAUGAAAAAGAAGAGAUGUAGAGAGAGGAGAGGAGAGCUCCUCU